CCCAUCGACUGCCCCCCCCCCCUCAAAGGCCCCAACGCGAUGCUUCCUCUGCCGAGACAACCUGUCUGCCCCUUCCUCUAGGGCCAGGCUGACAGGCUGAGUGAGGAAUGAGAUCCCAAGAGACAUGGACGGGUCUCUUUCCGUAGCGGCCUCUUGGCAGCGCCCGCCCUGUCACCCAUCCACUUCUUGGCUUCGCGGCCCUUGACUGCUGCUCUGGUUGCUGGCAUUAUAAGGGAAAUGCCAGCCGCGCUCGCAGGAUGUGACUGCCCGGCAGGAUUGCGCGGUCAGUUAUUCGAUUCCUUUCCUCCGACCAUCUCACCGCCGCCUCCCCUUGCUUUGAGUGUGCUCUGUCCUCGGUAUAAACGAUAUCACGACUUUCUCGCCGCCCGACCUUCGAAAACACAAUACCCUCGAGAGCACACUCUCGAUCGGCCCUUGGCGGGGUUACCACACUGGACGGAGGAGAAUGCUGUUUCCCGCCAACUGCCGCUGCUGCCGCCAUCACCAAUACCACCAUCAUCACCACCACUACCAGUCGGAGCAUUGGUUUCGCGCGUCGCGCCCUUCUUUCAUACCCCUCGUGCACUAGGCUCUAGUCGCCCAUGCUCCGCAUCCAGAGGCUGGCUGCCUCGGUUGGGACCUCGCCCUUCCUCGUCCGGACUGUGCCGCGGCUUUCCCUCGUGAUACUGCUUCUCUCUGUCGUCUAUCAGUACUUGGUUUUCGGUCAACAUGACCCCUACAAUUGCAACGCGCUGCUCUCCAGCGGCACAUGGCGCUCGAGGACCGGCUCCAGCUUGCCCCGGGAUGCCUUUGCGAAGUGGGAGCCUGACGGCUGUAGGAUGCGCGAAAUGUCCCGAGAUGACAUCUCGAGCUGCUUCAAAGAUCGCCAUCUGGUCAUCGUGGGCGACUCGACCAUGCGCCAGAUCUACUUCGCCGCCAUGACGCGUCUGGAUCAUUACGUUGCCGAGAAGGCCAUCCUUGACUUUGCCGUCUCCGUCGACAAGCACCAGAAUCUGUCGAGGGACGUCGAGGGCGUCAAACUCGACUUUAUAUGGGACCCAUGGCUCAACUCCACUAGCCUCUUGACCCAAUUAGCUCGAUUCCGGGACCGGCCUGGUUCCGCCGAUUAUGAGAGACUUCUCCGACAGGAGGGGAGAGAUUCGCCCGCGCUCAUCGUUGUGGGCACUCCGGGCCUGUGGGCGGCCCGCCAGGGCGGCGAUCGGUACUUGGAGCUCUUCAGAGAAGGCAUCAACGUCCUCAUGCCGUACCUGCACAAGAGUAUAGACGAGUCGGUGGCCCUGCCCAGCGCCAAGUCGCAGUCGCCCUUCGACGAGAUGUCCAACCAUGUGCUUGUCGCACCCGUGCCCAUUCCGGCCUACGAUAUGCUCACCUCGUCGCGCGCGCGUUCCAUCACGCCAAAGAGGAUCGAUGCGAUGAAUUGGAACCUGGAGCACUUGGAACAGUCUGAGCAAUCGCACAUCGUGUGGGCCUACCACGCCAUGACUGAGGGUCACGACAACGCCAUGCUCGAGGACGGUAUCCAUGCUGUUGACGUCGUUGCCGAAAGGAAGCUCGACGUCAUCAUCAAUGCUCAUUGCAAUGCCGGUCUGGUCAGGCGAGGAUACGCAAACCAAAUCACCUGCUGUACGCCCUAUCCGUCUCUCGGGCGAGUACAGCUUCUGCUUCUUGGUCUCAACAUACUGACUUUGCCUGUUCUGGUCCUGAGUCGGCAACAGGAUGCGUUUCCCUCUCCUCGGACGCAACGCGUCAUGGAUACCCUCAUGGCGGUGGCCACUCUGCUUGUUGUCGCAGUCUACUGCCUUCUUGCCGACCGAACUCACGUCCUCGCGAAACAGGAUAAGCACUUUGAUGUCCCCGACUUCGCCUUACCCCUGGUCGGUCUUGCGGUACUUGCAGCGCUGUCUCUCCGUUCCAGGGUACCCACCACCCAGUCGCAGACGAGAAUCCCCACAACGACGUCGUUCUUGUCUCGUGAGCAGACGGAUGAGUGGAAAGGCUGGAUGCUGGUUUUCAUUCUGAUGUACAACUAUCACGCAGCAUUGGAGUCGUCGGCGAUGUUCAAAGCGCACAAGUUCCUCGUCGCGACUUUCAUCUUCCUGUUCACCUACAGCCACACGAUGUAUAUCCUUCGGACGGAGGAUUACUCGUUUCGUAGGGUUGCAUAUGUGCUGCUUCGGCUCAACCUGCUCACCUGCCUCCUGGUCUUCACGAUGUCCAGUGAAUGGGUCAUAUAUACCGCGCCGCUGGUCACCUUCUGGUUCGGUGUCACAUACACGUCUUUAGCGUGCUUCAAAAAGGCCAAUAGCAACCCUCUGGGUUUCUUCCUGAAAAUCGUGGCUUUUGCUGCUUGCACUACCUAUCUGGUGCGAAGCACGCGCGCCCCUGAGCGGCUUGCGUCGAUGCUCAAGUCAGCCUGUGGUAUCUACUGGGACCUGAACAAUCUUCGCGCGUACUUUGGACAGGAUCGCUUUAUCCCGUACUUUGGUAUACUCACGGCCGCAGCCACGCACCGAGUCUCGGUGCUACGGCGUCGCCAACACGGCAUCAACGCCCAGGCGUUGUUCGAAAGGAUCAACAAUGCGUUGGACCGGGUACUAAUGGAAAUCGCGCACCCCGAACGAGACGCGAUACCGGUGAAGCCGAUAAUGAUACUCUUCUCCUUCGCCUACCUCGUUGUUUUCAUCAUACUCACCUUCGUCUCCGAGGUCUACCACAACAACGAUUCCUACACUAUUUACCACCCAUACACUAGCCCGUGGUUUGUGCUGUCAGCUAUCGUCGCAAGGAACUCUUUCCGAAGGCUGCGCGAGCUUCACAUUCCGCUUGCGGCAGCCCUCGGACAGAUUUCUCUAGAAGCUUACGUUCUGCACCACCACAUCUGGCUUGCAAGUGAUGGGGCCGGAGUCUUGAGGAUUGGAAGCCAAAGCCACGUUCCUAGGGCAACGGAGGUGAUGAUCAUCACCGCCAUCUUCAUCUGGGCUUCUGCCAAGUGCCAAAGUGCCACCCUGAACAUCGUCUUCGGGCUGACCGGCACGCAGAGAAGGGAGCAGAUGGAAGACGUCUCGCUGGAUAGCGCUUUGCCAGUCAAGGAUGAUAAGAGGAGUCCUGUUCCGUGGCAAAAUGCAGAAGCAGCAGCGGCGGCGGAACAGGUGAUAGGGGAGGGCAAGACGGACAGCUCAUCUGUCUCACCCAGCGCCUUGCGGCUGAGGAUCGUGGGCCUGUUGGCCAUGAUGUGGCUCGGGAACAUGAUUUACGGCGUUUGAUGGCAGUUACAUGACUCCGCGGUCGGGACGGGAGACUUAUCUCCAACCGACACCCCGCAUAACAGAAGAAUACUUAGUAGUAAUGAUUACACGAGGCAACACCGCAGAGUUGCAGAUGACACAGUUUUACGGGGUUGUUUGCAUUAACGGGCCUGCGUUGCCAAACAGGGACAGGGAUGGGGCCCUCACGACUGUGUUUCGAGUCUGCUCCAUCCAUCUAAUAUUGCUCGCCAGACUCCAGCUAGCCUGGUCGUGUAAAACAAGCUUCGACAUGCCUAUUAGGCCAAGUGUCUUCGGGUCUAGCGGAACGUUUUUCAUGCUUUAGCCUCGAGCGAGCUUGGCGUGGGUGUGUCGGCUCGAGCCUAACUCAAAAUGUCACUUAAUUUUUCUGAAUUUGAC